CGAGGCCUACCCCACUCCACGCUCGAAUCAUUUCCGAACUAUUAGCUAUUGAGAUUCAUAGGCUAUCAUCGCUCACUCUACAGCCGUUAUUCGUAUAGUCCCUCUCACCGCGUCGUCCGUCCCCCGUCCUCGCCAUGACAGAUGCAUCGCGAUCAGCAAUCAUCGAAGCAAAGCCAAUUGCGCGUGGACUGGAUGCGUUUCGCGAGUCCGCUCAGUCGAUCCGUCAAGGACUUGUCGCUUCCACUCAAUCCACGGUGCUGGAUCGAAUAGACAAUAAAGGCUUUCGGAAUCAUGUUUUUGAUCUCAUAUUGGCACUGCAAAGUCUUCCUGCCUCUCGUUCGCUGCCGCCUACCAGUGACACACCGAACCUAGCCCUCGAUCUUGACCGACUCCACGGACCCAUCUUCGCCGAGGAUUUCGACAUCCAAUGUGUUAUACCCCUCCUCCGCGCAGUCCUCGACAAUGAAUGCGACACCGUUAUCUGGGAGAAGGUCUAUGACCUACUUACAGAAUCAAAAUUUGCGACCCAUCCCCCCCCGUCAUCGCCGCCCCCACCGUCAACGCCUCCCCCGUCCGGCUUUCCGCGUGUUGCCUCGUCUCAGCAGACACCUUGGAAGUUCACCUCGGGCAGCCUCGCGGACACAUCCGAACUCAGGAGAACUGUGGAUCCAGUGCUCAAGGUUGAAGUGGGGGAUAGCCUCAAGGUCGACCAUCCGGACGUUUUCGAUACGUUCUUUAGGCAGAUGCCGAAGCUUCAUGAGAUGACGACGGCAGUAUUGCAGAGAUGCCAAGCAAGGGAACCGCCGCUCUUUCAGGAAAAUAAGGGUUGGACGGAGUGGCCAGAAACAUGCGAGGAGGCUGCGGUACUGAACUUCCUUAACAGUCAUGUCAAUCAUUUUCUACGAUAUGCGAAUGAUCACGGUUUCCGCCCUACGGAGCAUCGUCACUGCGUCAUGGAUCCGAACAAGCCCCUUAUUGGCUCGCUCGGCAAGCGAAAGCUAGACAUCGGCCUGGUGCAAAAACCAAGCAGCGAGCUGGAGAAGAGUGACAAGCAAAAUUAUAAGUGGUCCAACAUCCUUAUCCCGGGCGAGCUGAAGAGCAAUCCGCGAGAGGAUAAACACAACAGUACCUGGCUCGAUCUCGUCAGGUACGCUCGAGAGAUAUUCAGUGCGCAAGACACGCGGCGGUUCAUUCUGGGCUUCACGCUAUGCGGUUCGAUAAUGCGGUUAUGGGUAUUCGACCGGCUUGGGGUAGUAGGUUCUACGUCAUUCGACCUCAACGAGGAUGGCAAGAUGUUUGUCUCAGUAAUCUUGGGAUACUUGUGGAUGUCGGAAGAAGAGUUGGGGUAUGAUCCUACUAUCACACGAGAAGGCAGAAGAUGUACAAGCAUUCAGCGCGAUGGUCGGAUUGAGUCUGUAUGCUUGGAAGACCUCAUCAAGCAGCAACACUCGGUCGUUGGCCGUGCGACCAGGUGCUGGCAAGGUUUUGCUGAGGAUACACCUGAGCGGCUGCUUGUGAUUAAGGAUUCGUGGGAGUAUGAGGAACGGCUCGAGGAAGGGCUUCUCCUUAAAGAGGCAACAGAAGCUGGGGUUAAGAACGUGGCACGAUACUACUACCACGAAACCGUACGCAUCGGUGGCCGGGUGGACGACGUCCUUGACAAUGUGCGCAAGGGACUAAGUGACACCGCCGGCCGGAAUCCGUUUCAACAACUAGCAAUACGUACCGAAUCCGUCACAAGCUCAACAACGUCGGGUGCAAGAAGGGGGAGGAGCAGGAACAGCAGUCGGACCACAACACGGAAGAGGUCAUCGAGCGGUACUCAGGCAUCGAUGCCGCCUCCCAAACGCCCAUGCUUGGACUCGCCAGAUGAGCAAGAUACAUACCGACGAAGAAACCGCGUUCACCGUCGACUUAUUGUGCAAGACUUUGGGAAGAGCAUAUACAACGCACGUUCUCCACGCGGCAUAUUGACGGGAUUACUUGGCGGCAUAAAAGGGCAUGAGUCGCUACUGGAUGCGAAUAUCCUCCACCGAGACAUAUCUAUCGGGAACGUCAUGCUGAACAUGGCGGAGGACGACGGGUUUUUGAUCGAUUUGGACCUCGCCAUCAAAAUCGACCGCGAAAGCGCAUCCGGAGCACCGAGCAAAACUGGCACCAAAGUAUUUAUGGCAAUUGGCGUGCUUUCCGGAGAGGACCAUAGCUUCAUGCACGACCUGGAAUCGUUCUUUUGGGUGUUGUUUUGGGCUUGCAUUCAUUGCACAGGUUGUGGGCAAAGCCGCGUGUCUAAAUUCGACGCGUGGAAUUUCCGGGCGACGGAAGAGCUCGCCAAAGUAAAGAUUGGUUCGGUUCUCUAUGCAGAUACGUUCAGCAAGGAACUAAGGGAGAAUGUAACGGCUUAUUGCGCGCCGUUGAUUCCUUGUGUGGAAGAGCUGCGGAAGGUGGUCUUCCCGGGGGGAAUGCGAUGGCUGAAGGAGGAUCGAGGGCUCUACUCUCGCAUGAAGUCCAUUCUUCAGCAGGCAAGUAUUAACACAGAUACCCUGGAGUAAUAGAACCAGGUUUGGGU